UUAAAUGACCGCAGACCAGUAAAGCAAGCCAAAACGACUUAGCUUUGGCGUCGCGGUGACUCUUCAAUACAAAAACGAGGUAGUUUCGAGUUUUUUUGUUGGAAAAGUGGUCCUUAACUUCCUUAAAAACUGAGAUCAAAGCAAAGCUAAGCUAAAGAAGCCCUUGAAGAAAAACAACAGCAGCAACAAGAAGAAGUUUUCUCGGGGUUACGGGGCUGAUUUUCUUGUAUUCUUCAAGAAAUAAGUCGAGGUUUUAAUUUCUGUUCUGACUAGUGAGAUAAAGUCGGGUUCUUUUUGAGGAAAAAGAAAAGUUGGGGUUUUGACAUUUUGAUGUUUGAAGUAAAGAUCCAAUUUUGAAGGGAGAGAGGGAGUUAUUAGAGAGAUGCAGACAGAGGCAAGAGUAGGAGUGGUGGUAGAGGGAGGGCCAAGGGCUCUUAAUUCACAGCCGAAGCAGCACAAGCCAUUGCAGCAACAGCAUCAGCAAUCGCAGAUCGGAACAGUUUCGCAACUUGUAGCUGGUGGAGUUGCGGGUGCACUAAGCAAGACUUGCACUGCACCUCUUGCACGCCUCACCAUACUCUUUCAGGUGCAAGGCAUGCACUCAGAUGUUGCAACAUUGAGGAAAGCUAGUAUAUGGCACGAGGCUUCUCGAAUUAUUCGAGAGGAAGGAUUUAGAGCUUUUUGGAAAGGGAAUCUUGUUACAAUUGCUCAUCGGCUUCCUUACUCGUCUGUCAACUUCUAUGCAUACGAGCGCUAUAAAGAGUUGCUACACAUGAUUCCUGGCCUUGAAAGCAGUAGAGAAAACAUGGGCAGAGACCUGCUUGUACAAUUUGUUGGUGGUGGUUUGGCAGGAAUAACAGCAGCAUCUGCUACAUAUCCAUUGGAUCUUGUAAGGACACGCCUAGCAGCGCAGAUAAAUGUGAUCUACUAUAGAGGUAUUUGGCAUGCAUUACAAACAAUUAGCAGAGAAGAAAGUGUUUUUGGCCUCUACAAGGGACUUGGAGCCACACUUUUGGGCGUUGGACCCAGUAUAGCUAUCAGCUUCUCAGUGUACGAGAGCUUACGAUCGUUUUGGCAUUUGCACAGGCCCCAUGAUGCUAAUGUUGCCGUGAGUCUGGCUUGUGGCAGUCUUUCAGGCAUUGCAUCCUCAACUGUUGAUUCCAUAAUAGGGUGGCACUACUCCCAGGUGAACUAGUGCUGUUCUCUCAGUUACCAUUUGUGAGAGCUAUCCUCUUUGAGCAACAUUUCCUCUUGAUCUUGUGAGACGCCGGAAGCAAUUGGAAGGAGCAGGUGGACGGGCUCCUGUUUAUACCACAGGUCUUCUUGGUAUAUUCAAGCAAAUAAUCCAGACUGAGGGUUUCCGGGGUCUAUACAGAGGCAUUAUGCCUGAAUACUACAAGGUUGUGCCUGGUGUUGGUAUCUGUUUUAUGACGUAUGAGACUCUAAAAUUGCUUUUAGCAGAUGUUACUCCCAAAUUAUAGUUUCUGUGAACGCCUCAGGGUGUUUGCCUUGCAGCUGAAGGGAUGAGCUGUUGAAUUGUCAAGUAGCAGAAUUGUUCAUCUUAUUUCAUGGAUUUCCUCUCGGUGCAUAAUUUUGUUAUGCUAUCAUUGGGGUACAUUGUCCCAUGUAGAUAGACCAAACCUAAAUCUGAUUUCAAGUGUACUCAUCAUAGCGCUCACAAUUCUCAAAGAAAGUAAUACUAACGGUGAUCAAUAUUUUUUUCCAGUUCAGUUAGUCUAAUUUGUCAUUGCCUUGUCUCUUUUUUUUCGUGCAUUCAUUCGCUGCUAUUUUUAACGGAUUAGGCUGGGGACAUUUGCUGUUUUCAUGUCACUAGCUUGAGGGAUUUUAUGGCGUUGCGGUUAUCACAGCUCCUGUCGCCUUUUUUGCAGCUGCUCUUUCUGCCUGUCUAACUGCAGGUUGUAUUUUGCAACGAGAGUAUUGGUCAAAUCAGACAGGUUUAGCUGAUAGUUGCUAUAAAUGUUUCCCCAAUGUUGUGUUCAGGCAUUUUUGUCAGUCAUUGUAACCAUCAUGUCAGUUUUCAUGUAAUGUUAUUGGAUUGCACUGCGCCAAACAGCUAAUAUAUUUCUGUCAUUUUUCAAGCA